GAUAUAACAAAUUGAAUGGUAUAACUAUAUCAUGACUAUGUUUUCGAGAUAAGGAUUGUCCUCGAUUCGAACACAAGGCAUCUAGUAGCUAUCCCGUAGACACACCCCUUUCAAUUCCUAUCACUCGACAGCAACUCUACCCACCACCACCAUCAUCAUCAUCAUCGCACACGACUACCACCUGUCAAUCGACCACGAUGCCUCAAUAUAAGUUGAUGUACUUUGAUGCCAGAGGAAGGGCGGAGGUUAUCCGCAUGCUCUUUACUCUCAAGGGGGUGGAGUUUGAAGACUGCCGGAUGAAACGGGAGGAAUGGCCUGCCAUGAAAGACAACAAAGAAUUAUUUCCCCUUGGCCAGGUACCAAUCCUCGUCAUCGACGGGAAAACAAUGCCUCAUGGGAAGGCUAUUAACCGUUACCUUGCCAGAACCUUCGGGUAUUACGGAAAGACCGAAGAGCAGACUAACACUAUCGAGCUGGUAUCCGAGACAGUCGAUGACAUCAUCCAAAAGAUCUACCCAAUCUUUUAUGAUAAAGAUGAAGAAAAGAAGGCAAAGAAUAUGCAAGAAUUCAAGGAAACCGUUUCCGUGCCCCAGUUCAAAUAUCUUGUCAACUUAUUCAAAGAGAAGGGAGGGCCUUACUUCUGCGGUGACGAGAUAACAUUGGGUGACCUGAUCGCUUUUACCAUCUUCGAUGCUAUCAUCCUCACCAUGAAAAUUACCGACAUCCUCGAUCCUUAUCCCGAGCUGGCUGACUUCUACAAGCGGUUCAACGAAGACUCACCUCUCAGCUCGUAUAUCAAGUCACGACCAGUCACAUUCUUCUAAGUCCAUAUGUUUCGAGUCAAAAUGACCCGUUUCCAAGUCGCUUUGACGUCGAGUGAUUUUUUCGAGUCAGAGUGACUAAUUUUCGAGUCAUUUUGACUCUGAGAGAUUUUCAGCUGAUGCCACGUUCGCCAUUCCGAUUAGUAUUGAUUCGAAAUCUGAGUCACUUUGAAUGUCCAGAGGAUUGACUCCCAGCUGGCGCCAUUCCGAGCAAAAAAUGACUCCAAAUUAUUGACUCCUCAGAAAAUAGACUGAUAUCCUUCAGUUGAGAUCAUUUUGAUACGUAAAUGUACAGUUGAUAGAUUAAUGAUAGAUAUAGGCACUAUCGGGUUGCAACUGAUCGCAAUUGAUCAUCCGAUCGAUCACAACUAUGGAAAGCCAGCAUCAAUGACUUUACAAUUUAGUGUGCUCCUCUUUGUUCCGUAAGUGACGCUGUGCAAAAUUUGCUGUGUAGAAAAUAUGACAUUGAUGCAUUUCCAUAGAUGAGGUUGAUCGAAUCAAUCACAACUCUUUGUAUAAUAGGGGGCCAUCACCUUCUUCAAGGUCUGUAACAAGGGGCGGAACCAGUACAUUUAGUUAAGGGGGGGGGCAAGAGGACCCGCGUGUAUGUUUUCCGUAAUUGAACUACAGGGGUACAGUGUUACAGGACCUAUUCCUUUCUCUUUUGUAUGCAGUCUUUUCCUUUAUUCAAUGGGGAGUCACAGCCUGCUCCCUUCCCAUCAAUCACCGUGUCUCUCCAUUUAUUGGGGGGGGGGGGG